UUGGAUUUGAGAACAUGGCGACUUUGGCACUGGCGGUGAACUUGGUCACGUAUUUUAAUGAGGUGAUGCACUAUGAAUUAGCAGAUGCAGCUAACCAGCUCACCAACUAUAUGGGUGUUAGUUAUAUUCUUUCCAUUGUCAUGGCCACUCUUGCAGAUACCUUUGUUGGCAGAUUCAAUACUGUCCUCAUUGCAGGAUUUCUCGAGUUUUCGGGACUAGCACUGCUAACAGCACAAUCUCACUACCCCCAGCUUAAGCCGCCAAUUUGCAACGUCUUCGAUCCAACUUCUCAUUGCGAGAAACUUUCCGGUGGGAAUGCCGCACUUCUUUCUAUUGCACUAUACAUGUUGGCUGCAGGGGCUUCAGGAGUGAAGGCAGCUUUGCCAUCACAUGGUGCUGAUCAGUUUGAUGAGAAAGAUCCAAAAGAGGCCAAGCAGAUGUCCAGCUUUUUCAACUUGCUCUUACUAGCAGUGUGUGUUGGUGGUGCUGUUAGUAUAACGCUGAUUGUGUGGAUACAGGAUAAUAGAGGAUGGGAUUGGGGAUUUGGGAUCUCAACCAUAGCCAUGUUCUUGGGUGUAGUAAUUUUUGCAGCAGGAUUGCCCAUGUACAGGAUACAAGUUGUUCAAGGAUCUACUGCAAUUAUUGAAAUUCUACAGGUGUACGUUGCAGCCAUUCGAAACAGAAAGCUUAAGCUUCCUGAGAAUCCUGAAGACCUCUAUGAGAUUAACGGGGACAAGGAAGCUGCAGUGGAAGCAGAGUUUCUUCCUCACAGGGACACUUUCAGGUUCUUAGACAAAGCAGCCAUCCAACAAACAUCAGCUUCUGAAUUCGAGACACAAAAUCAGCAGUGUCCAAACCCAUGGAAACUUUGCAGGGUUACACAAGUGGAGAAUGCCAAGAUCAUACUUGGUGUAAUUCCAAUAUUUUGUUGCACAAUCAUAAUGACUCUAUGCCUGGCUCAGCUCCAAACAUUCUCAAUCCAACAAGGCCUUACAAUGGACACAAAGAUCACCAACUCUUUCAACAUCCCACCAGCUUCACUCCCCAUCAUCCCUAUCCUCUUCAUGAUCGUCCUCAUCCCGCUCUACGAUCGCUUCUUUGUUCCCUUCCUUCGAAAAUUCACCGGCAUUCCCACCGGCAUCACCCACUUGCAGCGUAUAGGAGUCGGCCUGAUUCUGUCUUCCAUCUCCAUGGCAGUUGCUGCAAUCUUGGAAGUGAAAAGAAAAGGAGUGGCCAGAGACAGAGACAUGCUCGACGCAAUACCAGUUGUUCAACCAUUGCCAAUAACAACAUUCUGGCUGUCUUUCCAGUACUUCAUAUUUGGGAUUGCAGACAUGUUUACUUAUGUGGGAUUGCUUGAGUUUUUCUAUUCCGAGGCACCAAAAGGGCUUAAAGCCAUUUCCACUUGCUUCCUGUGGUGCUCCAUGGCACUUGGAUAUUUCUUCAGCACAGUUUUGGUUAAGAUUGUGAAUGUUGCUACUAAAGGAACUACAAGGAGUGGAGGUUGGUUGGCAGGGAACAACAUAAAUAGGAACCAUUUGAAUCUCUUCUACUGGUUGCUUUCAAUAUUGAGCUUGGUCAAUUUCUUCAUCUAUUUGUUUGUUGCUACGAGGUACAAGUAUAGGCCUCAGAGUCACAAUAUCUCAGAUGAGAAGAACAACAAGACGCAUGAGAUGAGAGAAUACUGAUAAUCAGAAAAAAAUGAAAAAGAAAAAUGUUAAAAAGGUUAUUGGGAAGUAUAAAUUAUGUG